AUGAACUCAUGCACACCGAAUCCAACGCGAUGUCGUUGCCCAAGAGUUCCCAUUUACCGUAACGAGGUCUGCCAAGCAGAAAAAGAAGACCGAAUUCCAGAGCUUCCCGACGAAGUCAUUGAAAUGAUACUCAGCCACAUUACUCCUACCGAGGUUUCAAUUUUUUCUCUCUCUAUAUAUAUAUUUUUUUUUAAAUUUAUUUUCAUUCUAAUUACUCGACUUAUAAGUGAAAAACUUGUUUUCCUAGAAUAUAUUUUUUGGUUGACAUGCCCUCGGGCAACCGCCCUUUCCUAGAUAGCUUUCCUUCAAAACAGCCAUUGUUUUGGCGAGCAGAGAACGAUCAACUGAGACACUCGCCGUUUCACGUGAUGUGAAGAUACAGUUUCGAGUCUAGUUCAUUGCGAGAUUCAUUCCAUCGAUUGGAGUGUCGUAAAUUUCACCCAAAGAAAAAUUAAAACGAAUUAGUAUUACAGCGCCUCAUUUUCAUUCUCAUACGUUAUCUUGUAUACAAAAUAAAAGAAAGGUUCAUGACGUUGGUGUUUAGUGAUCGAUCUGUUUUCAAGUCAAGUUGCGCCGUAAGAAACAUCGACCACUUAUUUUUAGUGGCACAAGUUUUGCGUUUGCUUAGUAUCGAUUGAUGCCCUCAGUGGAUCUUUUGGUGACUUAAAAGCAAACUUUUCGCGUGAGAGAAAAGAUAAACUAAACGAGGAAAAGUCAGCAGAAAUUUUCAAUAUAUCGUAAAAAAAGAAGGAAAAAGAAAAAUUAUUGUAAUUUUUAAUACAUUCAUUAGCGCAAGCAGAUGUUUUUUUCUCGUCAUAAAACUGUUAUUUCAGCGCUAUCAAAUACUUUAUUGGUUUAAUUUUUAUUUCAAGAAAUCAUCCAAAAAAAUAGAUAUGGGGCUUUUAAAAAAAGCUUUCAGCUUGUUGCCUAUGGAUGGGAUCGUGUUAGUUCCAGUUUCGCCGCCGCCAUACAUCGGAAUCUUUGCUCGAAAACUUAUUUUUCUUUCAAAGAUGACAUUAUCUGGAAAUUUUUCAGAAAUGGAUCAAGUUAGUUUUGGGGUUUUUGAGCACUAUGACGAUUUUUCGUUUUCAGAAAGAAACGUUGAGAAGGUUUUAGCUCUUCUCACUCGAAAAUACCUGUGUCAAGUCCACGAACUCAGUAUCCCCAUUUCCAUGUUUUCCUAUAGUGAGUUUUUUCGAAUGAAGUUUUAGUAGUUGAGAACUUUCUCAGUGCACUCUCUGCUGGAAAAACGUCCGUGGCUGGCUGCGACAAGCGGAAUCGCCUGCUCGGCGCGACUCCCGCAGCCCGGCGUCGCCUUCACGAAUCUCUCGAAAAUCUCCAUUCAGGUGAGCCUCAAACCGUCGGUGGUAGUAACUAUACGUUCUGUACAGAGUAGGGAAAACCUGCUACUAUGAUGAGCUGCUUAGUUCCGACUUUUGUUUCCUUUUUCGAAACUGUUUUGAUUAUUAUAGGGACGAACUCUUUAGUUUAUCCUCCAAGAAAAUUUUAGAAUGCUUGCUAAAACAUAAUUUUAAGUGGAAUUUCGGACAGUGAAACGUUCUUCAUAUUUUGAAUGAGUUUUAUGAAUUGGAAUCUGAAUUUUAUUCAAUAAUCUCUCUAAACAUGUUCCUGCGAAGAUGACGAACUGGUUUUAUCAAACAUUUUCAUUGAAGGUAUACUUUUACAGAUUGGUAGUGAUUUUGGUGAUUUGUCUCUCUCCGACGACUUUGCCAACCUCAGAAUACCAGCGUUAGUUGAGUUAUCUUUUCAAUUUUAGCUCGUCAGUUUUAGCAUUAUGUGCAAAGUUUUGAAAGAAGUGAACUUGAACGUGAGUCUUUCGAAUGAUGGCGAAGUCACUUGUGCCGGUUUUCGAGAGCUAGUUCGUUAUCUCGCCGAUGUGACUCAUGAAAGCAGUUAGUUUUUUUUUUCUUAUUUACACAUUUUAUGCUAUUCAACCACUUUCUGUCUUUUCAUUCAUAUAUAUUCUUCUCAGUCAAAGGAAGAAGUAAAUGGAAAUGGAUAGCUCAAAUAGCGAAGCGAUUUUUUAUCAGACGAAAUUUCGACUUUUCUGGGCGUUUAGCGAAUCAAGUCUAGCGGAACUGAAAAUUCGAGAUUCGGGCGCAGCUAAAACUUUUUGCUUAACAUAUUCACUUAAAAUCUAUGAAUCGGAAAAUAUAAAAAUAUAAUUUAGUUAAAAAUUCGGAAAAAAAUAGCAAAAACAUAAAAAAAUUAUCUUCCAGCUACCUGGAACUUGACCCUCCAAGACUUUACAACCGCCGGCCAAGUCUGGUACGGUCCAGCUCAAUUAAAUCGGCAACGAAACAGAGUGAGUUCCCAAUCGUUAUCCUCGUUUUGACGAUUAUUUCAGUCGUUCAUUUGCUAUGUUCGAGCACUUCUUGAGCUAGGAAUCACUAUAAAUCGUUUGGAGUUGAUCGACCGCCUCAAAAUAUCUCCCUACAUGUUGGUCAUGUCAAACACGAAACGUCGCUCCAUCUACAUGUAUCCGGAGUUCAAGGUUAUUUUCUAAUUUUCAACGUACAUGGGUGAUAAAAUAAUUCAAAAGAUCACGAAAAGUAGUUCAUAUAACAACGAAAACUUUUUUUUCACAUAAACUGAUCUCUUCUCUGGCUCAAAGAGCUGAGUCGAAAUUUUUUACGUUCUGAAAUUUUGGACCCGCCAUUUGCUCAAUUUGUCUUAUAUGUACGGGCUUUUCAAAAAUAAAAACUCGAUAUUCAUUUUGAGCUGGGAUUUCGCUUUUUUCAAAUUCCAGCUCUGAGAAGAAUUUUCUGACUGAAAAGGUAUUCUUCUUCUUCCUGCACCUUUGUACCGCUUGAGCCGGAUCGGCCCCCCCUUAGUCGAUAAGCCGAGGUUCUGUCCUGAUAUCAGUGAACUGGCUCGAGUGACAUAUCCGUCCUUGUGUGUGACGGCGAAGGAUUCUGAAGUCGUGGUUUCCCACUACCUACAUUUCUUAAACCUCUUGGUUGGGUCCAGGCGGGGAUCGAGCUUGUGACCCUGUGGACCGUAGACAGGCACACAACCUGUUGCGCUACCGCGCGUCCCGAUUGAAAAGGUAUCCAGGCACCGAAAAUAAUCACAUACUCUGCUGAAAAGACAGGCUCUGCAGCGAGAUGCUUUUAAAAUCAUUAUCAGAGAAUAUUUUACAUUCAAAAAAAAACUUUACCAAAAACCGUUCAAGAGUCAGUGAAUUGCAGAAUUGCCGACAGCUUUUCGUUUGUUACGACAUCGGAAUGAUAGCUCCCAUCUUCUCACACGAAAACGACCACUUCGACGACCUCACUUUCUUCGAGGCAGCCUUUUUUUUCUCAUUUUUUUAUCACAAUCCUUUUUCAGGUGGACGAAUCACACGUCCUCUACAAGGCGGAUUUACUGGAAUAUUUGAGCAAUGCUAAAAGUAUGUUUCCGAGAACCUUUUUUUCCCCUAGUUAGAAAAAACCAUAGCAUAGAAAGUAUACUGAAUUUACAGAUUUGAAAGACAUUCGAAUCGUCGUGCCCGCAAGCUGGGAAUCCCGUGUAUCUCGCUGUCAACGAGGCUGCUUUUCCAACCCAGAUUUUUCUUGCUUCAAGUUGGUUUCUCAUCUAUUUGAAAGAAAUGAACUCUGUAGUCACGCCUUUUACUCGGACUUGCAGGGCCGAGGGAUGGUGCAGUGUUCCCAAAAAGCUUCCUCAGGCUCGCCUUUCCAUUGUCGGGGCCACGAUUCCUGUUUGCUGCGAAGUUGCCGUGGCUCACGUUUAA